AUGAUAAGAACAUGGCCACACUUCAACACGAUGGUUCCAGCAUUUACAUUGGCAGUUCUCUUAUCGAUUCUGUGCAAAGGAAUCCAGUCACUUCAAGAUGCGCCUUUUAAAAGUUCCGAAAGAGUUUAUAGAGAUGCCAUGGUGUGUCCAAGAGGAAUCUCAAAUAAGGCCGGAGGAAUCGUGUUUUUAGUACAUGGGGCUUCAACUACGGGUACAAACACCUGGAGUGGGUCGCCUUUCAACGAGCCACUGGCGAAUUCGGGGCCCGGGUAUGACAUUUGCUGGGUUAACUUACCCUGGAAAGGGUUAGGUGAUAUUCAACAAACAGCCGAAUACGUUGCAUUUGGUAUCAAGUAUUUUUCGUCGUUGUCACACGCAUCAGGGAACAAAAUCAACGUGAUUGGACAUAGCCAAGGGGCUGGCUCGAGUCUCCAGUGGGCUUUGACCUUUUGGCCAUCAAUACAACCUUUAGUUUUGAACUUCUUCGCAAUUGGUGGGACUUUUCGAGGAACAAUUGAAGCUAUUCCAAUGUGCAUAUUGGAAAACCUAUGGGGAGGCUGUAUGCCUAGUCCCUUGCAACUCAAACCCAACUCCAAGUACACCAAGGCGCAGAAUUCAGAGUUGGACAAGCACAGUGGCGCAUACGCUCAAGUAAAAACAAUAUCUAUUUUCUCAAUAUAUGACCAGGUACUUCAAUGGGAAGGCAGUGAGGGUAAAACAUCCUACCUUAAGGGUGCAACCAUGUUAAGCGUCCAAUCUGGAAAACUUUGCGGAAAGGGCCACGUUGUCGGCCAUCUAGGUAUUGCGGAGGACCUGGCGGUAUUGAAGAUAAUAGAAGCAAUUAUUCCUUCCAGCAAUCCGAUCAGCAAUGAAUUGGACAGCUUCGACAAGUCAAGCUGUCGACACCUUGCCGGACUAUGGCUCCACUUGAUUUCGAGAUGGCAAUACGUCUUAAAAGUGGGGAUCAAUUUUGUGAUUGGUCCGGCCAGAAUGCACAAACUGUUUCAUCAGUAUGCACACUUGCGAGUCGUGAAGGAGCCGGGAUUACAAAGCUACGUUUGUGAAAGAGGUUAUGCCACCGAUUGCCUUCCUCCAAACGCCACGUUUCCAGAUUUGAGGAAAUUAUAG